AUCUUCCCCACCAUUCCAGAUAUCCACUCCAAUCAUCCACAGCUCCACUAAUACUCAACACUAUCACGACGAUAGCCACAAAAGCUUCAUACAAAAUGCCAGAUAUCGCAUCUUCGAGAGCAAACUGGGCUGACGACGAGGAAUUCGAUGACCCAUCCGUCCUCCCCCCCCAACAAGUUAUUAACAACCCCGACGGCACAAAAACAGUCGUGACUUACCGCUUCAACGAUAAUGGCAAGAAAGUCAAGACCACCCGUAAGAUUCGCACCACCAUCGUCAAGGAACACGUCAAUCCCCGUGUUGCUGAGAGAAAAGAGUGGGCAAAAUUCGGAGCUGAAAAGGGGCACAGUCGUGGUCCGGAUCUUUCCACCACCUCUGUUGGAGAAAAUAUCAUUUUCCGCCCAUCAACUAACUGGAAAUCUACCUCUAAGGAGGACAACACCGAGGAGAACAAGUUGAAGGAUCAGCUUAAGGAUAAGAAGGUUGCUUGUCGUAUCUGUAGGGGAGACCAUUUCACGGCUAGGUGCCCAUUCAAAGAUACUUUGCCACCUCUCGACGAUGCCGCAGCUCCUGCUGCCGAGGAAAGCCCUGCCGCAGAUGGUCCUGGCGCUAUUGGUGGUAGCGGUGGUGGGUCCUAUGUUGCACCUCAUCUACGUGGAAAGAAGGGUGCUGGAGAGUCUAUGUCUGGAACUGGUGGCUCUUACAAGGACAGAGACGAUCUUGCCACUCUCAGAGUCACCAAUGUCUCUGAAUUCGCCGAGGAGAGCGAUUUGAGAGAGAUGUUCGAGAGGUUCGGAAGGGUUACCAGAGUUUUCUUGGCUAAGGACAGGGACACUGGUAGGGCAAAGGGAUUUGCCUUCAUCAGCUAUGUCGACCGAUCUGAUGCUGCAAAGGCAUGUGAAAGGAUGGACGGGUUUGGCUAUGGGCAUUUGAUCUUGAGGGUAGAGUUUGCGAAGAGGUCUUGAAAAACAAAAUUGGGGGCUUUGUUUUAUUUUAUUUUUUCACUUUUUUGUAACCUGGUCAUUUCAAUAAAAAGUCCGCUGUAAAUUUUCU